AUGGGUGAAAAGAGGAAAGCUUCGCAAGACCUUGCGGGCUACAGACACCCUGUCGACAAUGGUGAUACGAGCCAACCAACAGCCACGAACAGUACCCUGACAGGCCCGGCGAAGGAUGAUGUAGCUCGAGAUCGUCACUACGCUGAACUAUAUGCCAAAGCACCCGAUUUCCAACAGCUUGCUCUCCAAGAUGCAGACUUUGCACGAUUAUGGAAUCAGCACAAGACUGACUUCUUCAACGAUCCAGAAUGUGUUAUGCAGUUGACAAAAACACUUCUCAAGAUCGACUUUGGAUUGCAGCUUGAGCUUCCCAAUGACCGACUGUGCCCACCUGUCACCAAUCGAAACAACUACAUACUUUGGUUGAAGGGUCUUCUUGACACUUCUUCAUACGAAAAGCAAGCUCGGGAUGUUGUUGGCUGUGAUAUAGGCACUGGCGCAAGUUGUAUCUACCCGCUGCUGGGUUGCACAGAGCGCAAUACUUGGAACUUUAUCGCUACAGACAUCGACCCCAAAAGUCUCGAGUAUGCUCGCAAAAACGUGACUUUGAACAAUCUUGACGAGAGGAUCAACGUUGUUCAGCGGGAAAACACAGACAGUCUCAUCCCACUAGAUGAUCUGAAUGUUCACCGUAUCGCAUUCACAAUGUGUAACCCUCCCUUUUACAAAUCCGAGCAAGAGCUUGUUGAAAGCGCCGAGAAAAAAGCAUUCCCACCCUUUACGGCUUGCACAGGCGCCAAAGUCGAGAUGGUGAUUGAAGGUGGUGAAGUCGCAUUUGUUGGGCGUAUGCUCAAAGAGUCUCUCGUCCUUCAAGAGCGCGUGCAGUGGUACACAUCCAUGUUCGGCUUCCGCACGAGCCUACUCGCAUUUGUGCGUAAGCUGAAAGAGAAUAAAAUCGACAACUACGCUGUGACGGAAUUUAUUCAGGGAAGCAAGACAAAACGCUGGGCUGUUGCGUGGAGCUUUGGAAGCAUGAGGCCAAGUCAAGAACUUGCUCGCAUCGCUGGGGCGACAUUUCCCAAUAGUGAUCAACCCGAGAUUACAGAAGAAAUGGUUGCGGAUUUACCUUUUCGUGGCUCCGUCAGCGAAUUCGCAGACCAACUCCGCACUGAGCUUGGGAAGCUUGACUUGAUCACCUGGGAAUGGGACGCUGAUAGACUGGAGGGUACUGGCCGAGCAGCCGGUCGUGUCUGGGCACGAGCUUGGCGGAGAAUGAAGCAGAGAGGAGAGGUACAAGAUGCCAAUUCUGAGACAGCAGAGUGCGUCUUUGGUUUUAGGGUGUCUGUGCGGUUUGAAAAGGAUUCCAUCUCGGUCAGUUGUCGAUGGCUAGAGGGUCACGACCCAGUCACAUUUGACAGCUUCCGCGGACAUCUAAAGAAGACUGUCAAGUCUAUCUUCAUUCGAACGAGCCCUAUAGUGUAA